UUAGGCAACGAUAUACAAAAACUAUGAAAUAUGAUAGUUUCUUUUCCUCAAUUUCCACUGCAACCCCCUCCCAUGUAGUAGCGAAUCAGCACUAUCCCCGCCCUUAAUCUCCGGUUACCUGAAACCUAGCCUCCGAUUCGAACCCUGCGACGAUCAGAGAUGAUCCCAACAGUUACCCACCAAUAUUCUCAGACAAUUGCGGUGGAACCACUUGCAGAGCUCGAUCUGAUAAAACGCUUAUUUGUAUAUUAAUUAUGCAUUUCACCUCCUUCAUCUCCUGCUUUGUUUCUUCUUUAAGAUCCUAAGAGAAGGUUUCCAGGAGAUUAGACAGUUGGGGAAGAAAGAAACUUUGAUUUCUCUUACUGGGUAGGAAUAAGAUCAUUCUUAUCAAGGCCGCCAUGGCUAGUAUCCCAGUCAUCCUUUCAAUUGGUGGUAAAGCAACUAUUCUUUUGGUAAUGUAUAAAUUCAUAGAAAAAAUCACAAGAGAGUACUUUAUGUCUCCUUCUUCUUCUGUGACUCCUGAUGUUAGUGUUGAUACUACUGCUUCUGUUGUUACUGAUCUUGUUCUUAAAAAAUGCCCUUCUUCUUUAGCUCCCCAUGUUAGUGCUGAUACUGUUUCCGCUAUUGUCACUGAUCUUGUUACUAAAAGAGACUUGCAGUACCCUUCUGUUAACCCUGAUCGUGUUUCUUCUAAUGAGGAAAUGUUUCAAACUCUUGGGUUGAAAGAUAGUAAAAAUGAUGAUGGGGACGAAGAAGAUGAAAUUAAGGAGGACAAUGUCAAAGGGGAUGAUUCUCUGGUAAGGGAGGCAAAACCCAGAAAAAUUCUCUAUCCCCAGAGACCCGAUGCUGCUCAUUGCUCUAGUUACCUUCAGACUGGAACUUGUAGCAAUGGAGCGAAUUGCAGGUACCAUCAUCCUGCUAGAAAGGAAAACCAGGAACAAAGAUUGGCUCCGGGGGAAUCUGUGCAGGUUAUUGAAGUAAAGAAGGAAGACCUCUCAGAGAAAAAGGAGCAGAAAGAAUGCAAGUCAGGAGGAUGUAAGAUCGGAAAAGCUCAUAGAUACAAUCCUUCAUGGAAAAAACCAGCGGUACCACUAGCACCACCACUAGAUUUUAAUUUUCUCGGCUUGCCAAUUAGACCGGGGGAGAGAGAGUGCCAGUACUAUAUGCGCACUGGCUCCUGCAAGUAUGGACCCAAUUGCAGGUUUCAUCAUCCUGAUCCUACUGCUGUCGGAGGAGAUGAUAUUCCUUCGGGUUCUGUCUCAUUACAUCCAUCAGGUGUAUUGCAACCAGCUUCAACAUCUUGCUCUUCUCCACUGAAUGAGACUGUUCCUGACCUAGAUUCUGUGAAUCCUUAUGCACCAAUGACGCUUCCACCUCAACAGGUCCGUCCAAAUUCUAAGAAGAAUGGAUAUCAGGCUACUUUCACGCAUAACGGGAAACAACUGUUGCUUGUAGCAAAUCCCAAACGGGGGUGGAGCAAGCCAAAUACUCACCCUGCUGUGAAUGACACCUGCAGGAAGGGUGCAGAGAAAACAAAAAUUGUGCAGUCUCUGUGGUGUGAAAUCUGCAAGAUUGACUGUAACAGCAAGGAUGACUUGGACCAACACAAAUUGGGGAAGAAGCACGAGGACAUGGAGAAACUGGAAGAAUCAAAGAAAGAAGCCAGCACCCCAGCUGCUACAAUGGCCCCAGCAGCAAAGGAUCCUGUGAUUGGUCCAAAAGAAAGCCCAGCAGUUGACAAGGGCAAGACUGUUGUGCAGUCUGCAUGGUGUGAAAUCUGCAAGGUUGACUGUAGCAGCAAGAAUCCCUCUAUGCAUAAUCAACAACACAAGUUGGAUGAAUUCCUGGAGAGACCUGGCCAACUUGAGUGUAAAUAUAGAUUGUCAUGUAAGGAUAACCAUCUGAAUAACGGGGUCCCAAAAUCAUCAGUGAGCAUUCUCAGUCCCAUGGGUGAUGCAGAAGCAAAGCACCAGCAAAAAAUUCACAGUAAACAUAGAUCAGCAGGUAAGAAACCUCUUCAUGUCUCUCCCAUGACUGGACAAAAUGAUCACUACGGUUCUCUUGGUAGUGGUGGCAGAGGUCCCUGUAGGGCUGACAAGGUUGAUAAUUGGACAGCUGGGAAGAACACACCUCCUACUGCUAGUUCUAUGGGUUUAGGCUCAGGCUUCAGAGAUACUGCUUCCGUUAUGGAUCACAGGGGCAGAGCACCACCAUGUGAUGGGGAUUGUGAGCGUCCACCUCUUGUUCUGCAUCCACCCAAGGGUGAUGGUGUUGUGAAUGAGCUUCCCCAGGCUACUAGGCCUAGCCCAUUUGGUGCAGCACGUCCCAGGGAGGAGGUUUUGGCUGAAAAAGGUCUCGACUGGAGGAAGUUGGAUUCAGUUUUUGAGUCUUACAAAAUGAUGAGUCGACAUACAGGCUCUCAGUCAAGCAGCAGUCCUUUGAGUGUCCAAUCGAACAGUGCAGAAAGUCCUGCGCCGCAGGUUCUGGGUGCACAACUGUGUGAUAGGGAUCAUGAGCGUCCACCGCUUGUUCUGGAUCCACCCAAGGGUGAUACUGUCAUGAAUGAGCCUCCCAAGGCUACUAUGCGUAGCCCAUUUGGUGCAGCACAUCCCAUGGAGGAGGUUUUAGAUGAAAAAGAUCUCGACUGGAGGAAGUUGGAUUCAGUUAUUGAGUCUCUACAAGCUCUGCGCCACAGGUUCGAGAAGCAGCACCAAAACCAUGACCAAAGGUGAAUCCUUUUAGGGAUGCCAGGCCUCGAGAAGUUUUACUGGAAGAGCAAGGCAAGGAUUGGUGGAAGAUUGAUUUGGAACUCGAGGAUCGUCAUGUUGACAUGUCUGCAGCCUUGCUUUACCUCUAGCAUUGUCUCUAUUCGCAUGCGUAUGGUACUAGUCUAAAUUAUCCAUCCUAUUUUAGUUGCACACUAUUAAUGCAUGCUUACAAAAAAUCAACGUGUCUUAGCUAGUCUUCGUUUUGGUUUCAGCCUUCAGUUUGCACCUUCCAUGGUGGUGGUGAUCUUCCAUUGUUUCUCCCCUCUGUGAUCUAAUACAUAGUGCAUCUCACUGGAUUUCUUGUCCAAAACAGGAACACCACCACUCUUGGACUUGUAUAUAUAUGAGUUAAAGCUUAUCCCCUUUUGCUUUGCUAUUCCAAUCCCUCAUAUAAGGCUGAUGUUGUGUUGGAGAUAGAUGCUUCCAUAGUUUAUCAGCGGGAGCAUCAUGUAUUGUAAUUUGUGAUGGAAGUUGUAUGAUAUCAUCUGGAGAGACAGGAUGGGUUUCACUCU